AGCAGUAUCUGGGAAAGUGUUGGCAGUCCUGAAUCCCAGCCUGUGCUGACAGACAGUUCCAAUCCAGCCCAUCCUGCAGAGGACACAACUUCACUCCAAGGACAGAUCACUUCUCCACUUGCUGGACAGAUGGAUUAUCCAUGUAUGUCUUCCUCCUCUGUCUCUACAGGACUGUGAAUCCCCCCCAAUCCCUGCUGCUUGCUGGAGCCCCCCUCUGCUGUGUACAAGAUUUCGUUCCUCGUAACUGAGUUUACACGGCAUCAUGGGAGUUAAGACUGCAUUGCCGCACUAUGAGCUGGGUUUCUACGCCCUGAUUGUGACCUGCGCGUUAGUUUAUUCCUUGAAUGGAAUAGUCGAAGUGUCUAAUGACACCAUGAAUCGCAAGUCAUUUAGAGAGAGUGUCACGUCGGGCUGGCAGUACCUGGGCAGGAAAAUGGAUGCAGCAGAUUUUGAGUGGGUGAUGUGGUUCACUACAUUUCGGAAUUACAUCAUCUUCGCUCUUGCGGGGCAUGUGAUUUUUGCCAAAAUCUUCUCUUUGAUGGUCCCUCAGUACAGGUCCUGGGUUUACAUGCUGUACGGGAUGCUGACGGUCCUGGCCAUUAUGGGAAAUAACUUCUUAAUGCUGACACUGUCUCACUGCGCUGUCUUCUACAUCAUCUCGUUUGUGAAGCAGAAAUGGCUGUGCUUUGCCGCUGGCCUUUGUAGUCUGGCGACCUUCCGGCUCGAUAUGUUCAGCUCCUGGCAAAAUGAAUUCUUCACCGAAACAUUUAAACUGCAAGACAUCCUGUUUUAUGGCGGUAACGGGCUGACCAUACUGCGCUGCAUGAGUUUUGCUUUAGAGACGUGCGAUCGGAGAGAAGGAUUUUACUCCCCCGUGGAGCUUCUCAAGUACAACUACUACCUGCCUUUCUUCUUCUUUGGGCCCAUUAUGACCUUUGACAGGUAUUACGAACAGGUUAACACCCGGGCCAUAACUCGGAAAGAGAACGAGAUGUGGAACAUUCGUGUCCAGGCUGUGAGUAACCUCCUGUCUAUAAUAUUAGUCGACGUUUUCUUCCACUUUCUCUACAUCCUGACCAUCCCAACAGACCUGAAAGUUGUGAGUCGUCUGUCAGACUGGUCACUAGCGGGUCUGGCUUAUUCAAACCUCGUGUAUGACUGGGUGAAGGCAGCAGUAAUGUUCGGAGUUAUAAACACCAUCUCCAGGUUGGAUCACCUCGACCCUCCUCAACCACCUAAGUGUAUCACCAUGCUUUACGUGUUUGCAGAAACGCAUUUCGACAGAGGAAUCAAUGACUGGCUUUGCAAGUAUGUCUAUGACUACAUUGGAGAAAAACAUGAUAACAUUAAGAAGGAGCUGGUGGCCACUCUAGCCACGUUCACAGUUACCACCUUGUGGCUCGGUCCGUGCAAAAUUGUUUACAUCUGGUCUGUCUUUAAUUGCUUUGGUCUCAACUUUGAAAUUUGGGUACAAAAAUUCUUCGAGCUGGAGACAUUUGCUAAACUCGAGGCGAAGUUGCCUGAGUCCAUGUCUAGAAGAAUCCGAGGAGUUUUCGGUGCAGCUAAUUUUUGGGCCAUUAUUUUAUACAAUGUAUUAUCCCUGAACAGUCCCGAGUUUGCUCUUUUGGUUUCUAAGAGACUCUUGCUCAAAGGUUUCCCAGAAAGCACAUUUUCCAUUUUGUUUGUGACUUACUGCGGCGUACAACUAAUUAAGGAAAGGGAGCGCACCCUGGCCAUAGAGGAAGAAAGGAGUGAGAAACUGAAGACAUCCUAAACAAGAUGGUCUACGAUAGGGUUGUUCAACUCAGUCCCAGAGGGUCCUAAUCUGACCAGAAUUUCAGGAUUUUCCAAACAACAUGUUAUCAAACUGUUAACUGCAUAUCUCCAUAAAUGGUGGCUUCUCUUUGCCUGAACAUCUUGUUCAUAGGGACAAUAAGUGGUGGUCCUUAGUAAAAUAAAACUACCCCAAAUCUAAACUUGACGUAACUUCUCAAAAUGGGUGGAAGUGGACAAGACUAAGAUGGGCUGCAUUUUACGAUUUGUAUGUAGAGCUGUGAGAGUUAUCAGAGCCACACAUGUAGGUGUUUCGUCCAGACUCCUGUAAGUCCCUAUUUGUAUCUCAGUAUAAUUCUGUAUAUUCCUCUGGAAUAAUGACGUAUCGGUGGAACUUGAUGACUGAAGUUUGAAACCCUGUUUACAGAGAUCAGAAAAAGCAGUUUUUCAAUGAGUAGUCAUAAUGUGCAGACUGCUACAGGUCUAGAGAAAUCUAGAGAUUUGCUAAUGUACAAUUCAAUUCUAUGUGCACUAGAAAACAGGAUUAAUAAAUAUUUUCUAUAGGAACAACAA